CAAGCCAGCCAUCAAACUUUAGCCCCUCAAAGUCAAAUGAAUUCAUGGCCCCGCACUUGCUCACAUCUCUCUGGUCAUCGGAGGCUCGAACUUUCCUUAUAUCCUGGCAACAGAGAGUGCUCUGUCCCGGUUUUAAAGCAGUUCUCGUAAUUUCCGGUCAUUGGGACACCAAGGUCCCCACCGUCAGCGUUGUAAAAGGCAACAAUCACACCGUCCACUAUUUCUACGGCCUCCCUGAGAACAUGUACAAGUUCAUGGACCAAGACAGCGUAUGCAAAAUCAACUCUCAGCAGCACACUUGGUGAUCAAGAUAUUGAUCACAGUAGCAAAUUUAGCAGAAAUGUCAAAAGGAAAAAAGAAAAUGCUUAUUGCAUACAUAGCAAAUAUUGUUGCAGCAUAUUCUGCACAAAAGCUGGUCUUUGGAGUCUGCCUCUUGACAAUUUCUCGCAGUUGCAGAUCUUUUGAGGAACUCCUUGUAAUUUGCAAAGAUAGCUCAAGGAAGACGAUGGUGCUUGGUCUUUUGGGGAUGUAAUCACUUGUGCUCUUAUUGUGCUUUUUACUACUGCCAUUACUUGUAUAAGGUUUAGCAGAAACCGAAAUUGUCAAGCACAUUUUGUGAUUCUGUCAAAGUUGUUCCCAAACGUUACAAAAUAAAUGAAAAUGCACGCAAACCUGAUCUCUCCCUCUUA